ACAAUGGAAAUUCUAUAUGUCAGAUACGGUCUGCAUGAGUAGUGGAUGUUUGCUUCUCAGUUGUUAAGAGUUCUCCAUAACCUUCAAACCAAUGUGAAUCAUGAAACCUGGUAAUGUUGCUUUUUGGAAUGCGGUUGCUUUUGAAAUUUAUAUUCAAGGUCUACAGAGGACAUAUCUGAUAUUCAGUUUUUUAUUCAGUGUAAAUACUUAAUAUUCAUCAUCUGACGAUCACGUGAUACAGGGCCUCAUCAAAAAUUUAAUUUUUGAAGUUCAGUUCUAUGCUUCCACUGUGCCCUGUUUGCACGUAUUGCUAUUCUGUGUAUGGUUUGGUUUUAUAUCAUACUUGUUUCAAUUUACAUUUAUCGCUAAAUUUAUGCUUUAUGCAUUUCAAGAUAACAGAAAUUGGAUUUUUCCAUGAAAAAAAUCUUUUAACUAUCACAUGCAUUGAGAAUUUAAAUGUACCUGCUAAUAACGAACCCGUGUGUUGUCUUUCGAGUUUGGUCUUUAAGCAUGAUCCUAAUUCCAAACCCAUUUGAUACAAUGCCAGUCCUCCUAAUACCCUUCAACCAAAGGGGACCAUGAUGGAAAAUCAGAACGGAAUCUUGUGUCAUAAUAGCUAUGGAAGGGAUGCUGAUACAAUGGCGCCCAAGACGAACCAUGAAGGUGAAUUCUGGAAGAAUCAAGAACUUAAUUGCUCUGGGGUUAUGGAUGACUUUACCAACAGUAAUGAAAAUGACAUGAGAGAUUCACUGAUAAAAGCAAAUGAGAAUGAAGUUUUGUGUCCUUCAAAUGGCUGUGGGAGACAUGCGGAUUCAUCUAAAUCUGAUACUAGAAACAGAGUCGAACUCUGGAGUGCUGACCAACCUGAAUGCUCCGUGGUUCUGGAUGAUUUCACUGAGGCACGAUGUACCACUCAUUCAGAUUGGUUUGAGAAGGAUAUGAAUUUAUGCAACGACAAAAAUGUAAUGCAAUGUCAUCUGCCGGAAUUGUAUGUUGUCAAGGACAUCUGCAUUGAUGAGGGGGUGCUUUCUGAUGACAAGAUUUUGAUUGAAAGCAGUGAGGUUGAUCAUACGGGUCACUGGAACUCCCUUAUUAGUGCUGAAAAUAAAAUCAGUGUGGAUGCCAAAGAAAGUGUUGAUAUUGAGUUGCUCAUUCCAGAUAGAUUAAAUUCAUCACCAGAGAAGUAUUGUGACAAGGAUGCUUCUAAAGAUUGCGAAGCCAAAGAAAGAACAGAUAUUGAAUUUCUCAUUCCAGAUGGGUUGAAAUCUUCGUCAAAAGUUGAUAUUCACAAGGAUGCUGCCAAGGAAUGUGGUCCUGAGGCUGAGGAUUCUGCCCAAAUGUUUGAAACAGAUUGUAAUGCAAUUGACAAGGAAGUGGAUGAUGCGCCAAGAGAGGAGUUUGUUCCCAGUGGCAUGUUGCCCGAGCACGAGUUUGGUACAGAGACAUCUCUCGAGUCCCUCCUAAAAAUUUCUGAUUGUGAUGGCAAUGAAGUUGCAGAACAAUCUUGCCAGAUUCCAUGUGCCGAAGCAGUCGUAGAUAGCCCUGUUGUGGUAUCAGCAGAUGAAGACUCAAACAAGAAUGGCGUAGCUGACACCUUAUCUUGUACUAGGAAGGUGGAGAGUAGAACUAGUAGCAGAGAUGAGAAACCUGAAAAUGAUCAUGAACAGCCCAAAAAUGUUCCUGAAUCAAAAAAGGAGCCUAAUCAUGGUGAUAUGGUUUCUGAUAAUGUCUCCCUUGCUAACCAAGUUCAACGUGGGGAAGGACAGUCAAGUUUCUCUAUGGCAGGUACAAUGUCUGGUCUGAUAACUUACUCAGGGCCAAUUGCAUAUUCAGGUAGCAACUCUCUUCGAUCAGAUAGCAGCACAACCAGCACCCGGUCCUUUGCCUUCCCCAUUUUACAGCCUGAGUGGAGUAGCAGUCCUGUAAGAAUGGUGAAAGCAGAUCAAAAACAUCAUCGUAAACGUAGGAGCUGGAUGCAGAGCCUUCUUUGCUGUAGAUUCUAAAUCCUUCUAUUCUAUUUAUAGGUUAUUAGUCCAAAUAUACAAAUCAUCAAUACUAUACACACGACCCAUUUGGUACCGUAGAUAUACAUUCUGAUGUUCCCUUAGGAUUGGUAUCCCAUUUGCCGUAGGUUCACUAGUUUAUGCUUGGAGUUGUGAAAAAGCAUGGAAGUUGCAAAGUGAUCGAUUGUCUUAUAUUUUUGGCAUGCAUUUUUAUCCUCUUGUAUAUAUGGAUAUGAUGAAGAGUCUUGUAAGGUUUUCAUUUUAUGUGUUAUCAGUUCUAUCCAUAAGUGAUUGUUUGGGGCUUUUGGUAUUAGAAACUUG